AUGUUGGGCCAGUUCUAUGGUGAGUCUGAGUUCGAUCAAGAGAACAAGCAGCCAUCCGAGUUGGAAGGUACUCCAGACUGUCAACUUCCAGACAUGAAGGUAAAUCUGAUUCAAGCACUGAUGUCUCAGGCAGGUCUGAGCACGAACGAGGCUGCUUUGGUGGAGGAUGAUGCAGCAGAGAUAGCUUCUGUCAAAGGUGUUUGUCGCAGUGUCUUUGUGUCAGAGCGGAAGGGCAUGACUGCAGGAGAAAUGCAGGAGUUGAGAUCCAUGGUAGGAGUCCAAAAAGAAGCAGCCCAAGCCAAGAGCACAGCAGCUCCCAAGGAAAUUCCAGCAACAUCCAAAGUGCAAUCAGCAGCUGUGCCGCCGCCACCUCCCACUGGUUUCGCAGGAAUUUGUCAUGCAGCCGCCAGGGGCAAAGCACCGCCUCCACCACCGGAAGGUUUCAGUGGAGUCUUCAAAGCAGAAGCCACACCGAAGGCUAAAGCUGCAGCUGCACCGGCUGAGCCAAAAGUUGCGAAAGAGGCGUCUUCAUCGGUGAAGCAUGUGUAUUUUGAUUUCGACCAGACGAUUUCCAAAGUGCACGUCUUCAAGCAACUGGCUGGAUGGGAGCCUGGUGUUGCAGGGCAACAUUCUUUGUCGGAACGGGGGCAGAUUCAUCGGUUGAAGCUUCUGAAUGAUUCAUCUCAGUAUCAGUACCAGCCCAAUGGCCAUGUGGUGCCUUGUCGAGCUGGUGUGAAGGGGGCUGCAUCGUGGACAGCUGGACCUGACCGAGUGGAAGAUCUACGUGUUUUUUUCUCCGAUUUGAAAGCAGCUGGCGCCAAGCUCACAAUCAUAACCAAGGGCAAUGUGGGUGCCUGCCGCUUUUUACUCCAAGAAGAGGGUCUACUGGGAUUUUUCGAGAAGGUCUUUGGCAUGUUGGGCCAGUUCUAUGGUGAGUCUGAGUUCGAUCAAGAGAACAAGCAGCCAUCCGAGUUGGAAGGUACUCCAGACUGUCAACUUCCAGACAUGAAGGUAAAUCUGAUUCAAGCACUGAUGUCUCAGGCAGGUCUGAGCACGAACGAGGCUGCUUUGGUGGAGGAUGAUGCAGCAGAGAUAGCUUCUGUCAAAGGUGUUUGUCGCAGUAUCUUUGUGUCAGAGCGGAAGGGCAUGACUGCAGGAGAAAUGCAGGAGUUGAGAUCCAUGGUAGGAGUCCAAAAAGAAGCAGCCCAAGCCAAGAGCACAGCAGCUCCCAAGCAAAUGCCCUCCGCUGUUGCAACUGCACCGGCUGAGCCAAAAGUUGCGAAAGAGGCGUCUUCACCGGUGAAGCAUGUGUAUUUUGAUUUCGACCAGACGAUUUCCAAAGUGCACGUCUUCAAGCAACUGGCUGGAUGGGAGCCUGGUGUUGCAGGACAACAUUCUUUGUCGGAACGGGGACAGAUUCAUCGGUUGAAGCUUCUGAAUGAUUCAACUCAGUAUCAGUACCAGCCCAAUGGCCAUGUGGUGCCUUGUCCAGCUGGUGUGAAGGGGGCUGCAUCGUGGACAGCUGGUGCUUUGGGAGGACCAGACCGAGUGGAAGAGCUACGUGUUUUUUUCUCCGAUUUGAAAGCAGCUGGCGCCAAGCUCACAAUCAUAACCAAGGGCAAUGUGGGUGCCUGCCGCUUUUUACUCCAAGAAGAGGAUCUACUGGGAUUUUUCGAGAAGGUCUUUGGCAUGUUGGGCCAGUUCUAUGGUGAGUCUGAGUUCGAUCAAGAGAACAAGCAGCCAUCCGAGUUGGAAGGUACUCCAGACUGUCAACUUCCAGACAUGAAGGUAAAUCUGAUUCAAGCACUGAUGUCUAAGGCAGGUCUGAGCACGAACGAGGCUGCUUUGGUGGAGGAUGACGCAGCAGAGAUAGCUUCUGUCAAAGGUGUUUGUCGCAGUGUCUUUGUGUCAGAGCGGAAGGGCAUGACUGCAGGAGAAAUGCAGGAGUUGAGAUCCAUGGUAGGAGUCCAAAAAGAAGUAGCCCAAGCCAAGAGCACAGCAGCUCCCAAGGAAAUUCCAGCAACAUCCAAAGUGCAAUCAGCAGCUGUGCCGCCGCCACCUCCCACUGGUUUCACAGGAAUUUGUCAUGCAGCAGCCAAGGGCAAAGCACCGCCUCCACCACCGGAAGGUUUCAGUGGAGUCUUCAAAGCAGAAGCCACACCGAAGGCUAAAACUGCAGCUGCACCGGCUGAGGCAAAAGUUGCGAAAGAGGCGUCUUCAUCGGUGAAGCAUGUGUAUUUUGAUUUCGACCAGACGAUUUCCAAAGUGCACGUCUUCAAGCAACUGGCUGGAUGGGAGCCUGGUGUUGCAGGACAACAUUCUUUGUCGGAACGGGGACAGAUUCAUCGGUUGAAGCUUCUGAAUGAUUCAACUCAGUAUCAGUACCAGCCCAAUGGCCAUGUGGUGCCUUGUCCAGCUGGUGUGAAGGGGGCUGCAUCGUGGACAGCUGGUGCUUUGGGAGGACCUGACCGAGUGGAAGAGCUACGUGUUUUUUUCUCCGAUUUGAAAGCAGCUGGCGCCAAGCUCACAAUCAUAACCAAGGGCAAUGUGGGUGCCUGCCGCUUUUUACUCCAAGAAGAGGGUCUACUGGGAUUUUUCGAGAAGGUCUUUGGCAUGUUGGGCCAGUUCUAUGGUGAGUCUGAGUUCGAUCAAGAGAACAAGCAGCCAUCCGAGUUGGAAGGUACUCCAGACUGUCAACUUCCAGACAUGAAGGUAAAUCUGAUUCAAGCACUGAUGUCUCAGGCAGGUCUGAGCACGAACGAGGCUGCUUUGGUGGAGGAUGACGCAGCAGAGAUAGCUUCUGUCAAAGGUGUUUGUCGCAGUGUCUUUGUGUCAGAGCGGAAGGGCAUGACUGCAGGAGAAAUGCAGGAGUUGAGAUCCAUGGUAGGAGUCCAAAAAGAAGCAGCCCAAGCCAAGAGCACAGCAGCUCCCAAGCAAAUGCCCUCCGCUGUUGCAACUGCACCGGCUGAGCCAAAAGUUGCGAAAGAGGCGUCUUCAUCGGUGAAGCAUGUGUAUUUUGAUUUCGACCAGACGAUUUCCAGAGUGCACGUCUUCAAGCAACUGGCUGGAUGGGAGCCUGGUGUUGCAGGACAACAUUCUUUGUCGGAACGGGGACAGAUUCAUCGGUUGAAGCUUCUGAAUGAUUCAACUCAGUAUCAGUACCAGCCCAAUGGCCAUGUGGUGCCUUGUCCAGCUGGUGUGAAGGGGGCUGCAUCGUGGACAGCUGGUGCUUUGGGAGGACCUGACCGAGUGGAAGAUCUACGUGUUUUUUUCUCCGAUUUGAAAGCAGCUGGCGCCAAGCUCACAAUCAUAACCAAGGGCAAUGUGGGUGCCUGCCGCUUUUUACUCCAAGAAGAGGGUCUACUGGGAUUUUUCGAGAAGGUCUUUGGCAUGUUGGGCCAGUUCUAUGGUGAGUCUGAGUUCGAUCAAGAGAACAAGCAGCCAUCCGAGUUGGAAGGUACUCCAGACUGUCAACUUCCAGACAUGAAGGUAAAUCUGAUUCAAGCACUGAUGUCUCAGGCAGGUCUGAGCACGAACGAGGCUGCUUUGGUGGAGGAUGAUGCAGCAGAGAUAGCUUCUGUCAAAGGUGUUUGUCGCAGUGUCUUUGUGUCAGAGCGGAAGGGCAUGACUGCAGGAGAAAUGCAGGAGUUGAGAUCCAUGGUAGGAGUCCAAAAAGAAGCAGCCCAAGCCAAGAGCACAGCAGCUCCCAAGCAAAUGCCCUCCGCUGUUGCAACUGCACCGGCUGAGCCAAAAGUUGCGAAAGAGGCGUCUUCAUCGGUGAAGCAUGUGUAUUUUGAUUUCGACCAGACGAUUUCCAAAGUGCACGUCUUCAAGCAACUGGCUGGAUGGGAGCCUGGUGUUGCAGGACAACAUUCUUUGUCGGAACGGGGACAGAUUCAUCGGUUGAAGCUUCUGAAUGAUUCAACUCAGUAUCAGUACCAGCCCAAUGGCCAUGUGGUGCCUUGUCCAGCUGGUGUGAAGGGGGCUGCAUCGUGGACAGCUGGUGCUUUGGGAGGACCUGACCGAGUGGAAGAGCUACGUGUUUUUUUCUCCGAUUUGAAAGCAGCUGGCGCCAAGCUCACAAUCAUAACCAAGGGCAAUGUGGGUGCCUGCCGCUUUUUACUCCAAGAAGAGGGUCUACUGGGAUUUUUCGAGAAGGUCUUUGGCAUGUUGGGCCAGUUCUAUGGUGAGUCUGAGUUCGAUCAAGAGAACAAGCAGCCAUCCGAGUUGGAAGGUACUCCAGACUGUCAACUUCCAGACAUGAAGGUAAAUCUGAUUCAAGCACUGAUGUCUCAGGCAGGUCUGAGCACGAACGAGGCUGCUUUGGUGGAGGAUGACGCAGCAGAGAUAGCUUCUGUCAAAGGUGUUUGUCGCAGUGUCUUUGUGUCAGAGCGGAAGGGCAUGACUGCAGGAGAAAUGCAGGAGUUGCGAUCCAUGGUAGGAGUCCAAAAAGAAGCAGCCCAAGCCAAGAGCACAGCAGCUCCCAAGCAAAUGCCCUCUGCUGUUGCAACUGCACCGGCUGAGCCAAAAGGAUCGGCCACCAGAGCACAAAAAGACCCAGCUACAUCCCAUGAACAAGCAGAAGCCAGCGAUACUUUACAAGCGAGGCUCACGCAAGUACUGGCAUCUGAAGCUGCAACACAAACAAAGCUACAAGAAGCGCAAGCAUUUGAGGCUACUCUGACAACAGAACUUGAGGAGUCCAAAGCAGCAGUGGCCAUAGCUUCAGCACAGGCUGCGGGAAAGGAAGUUCUGCAAAAAGAGCUGGAGACCGCCAAAUCAGCUGCAAAUUCCUUGGAGGCGUCAAAGACAGCCCUGGAGAAAGCCUUGGAAGAACAGAAGAACACAUCAGCAUCGCUUGAAGACCAACUUUAUCAACAAAGGCAAUUGUUAGAUGAACAAGCAGAAGCCAGCGAUACUUUACAAGCGAGGCUCACGCAAGUACUGGCAUCUGAAGCUGCAACACAAACAAAGCUACAAGAAGCGCAAGCAUUUGAGGCUACUCUGACAACAGAACUUGAGGAGUCCAAAGCAGCAGUGGCCAUAGCUUCAGCACAGGCUGCGGGAAAGGAAGCUCUGCAAAAAGAGCUGGAGACCGCCAAAUCAGCUGCAAAUUCCUUGGAGGCGUCAAAGACAGCCCUGGAGAAAGCCUUGGAAGAACAGAAGAACACAUCAGCAUCGCUUGAAGACCAACUUUAUCAACAAAGGCAAUUGUUAGAUGAACAAGCAGAAGCCAGCGAUACUUUACAAGCGAGGCUCACGCAAGUACUGGCAUCUGAAGCUGCAACACAAACAAAGCUACAAGAAGCGCAAGCAUUUGAGGCUACUCUGACAACAGAACUUGAGGAGUCCAAAGCAGCAGUGGCCAUAGCUUCAGCACAGGCUGCGGGAAAGGCCGCCGAAACAUGGUGA